GAGCCAUUCUCACUCCUCCCCUCCAUUAUGCUCGACCCUAUCAUCAAGAAAAGAGGGAGAAGACUCUGCAACUCCAUUAUUCCAUAUCCAAACUCGAGCUCAACCAUUAGAGGUCCAAAAAGAGGUAUUUGAAGAAGAAAAAGAUAGGAAAAAGUGCGGAGAAUUAAGGAGCAUAACUAAGGUGUUUCUAGAGUUCAUCGGAGUUCCGCCGGAGUUCCGCCGGAGUUCGCUGGAGUUUCGCAGGAGUUUCGUUGGAGUUCAACCAAGGAGUGUGGAACAUGCUAAAAGCUCAUUUAAGGUUGAAGCUAGGGCUUGCAACCUGCACCUUUCUACGGGUGACAUCAAAUCAAGGAAGACGUGGUUCGUGCUUCCUCGUUUUCUUUCAAAUUACCAAACAUUGCUCAUGGAUAUUUUUAAUUGUUAUAAACUACUUUUGGGCUUGCAUGCCCAUGUUAUUGGCCGAAUGUGGCCUAUGAAUUACCGCUGAAUAUUUGCGCUAUUCAAUGGUUUGAUUGUGAUGUUUGUUAUGUAUGUUUACUACUGAGUAUGGAUGGAUUGUUUUCUCGAA